AUGUGUUAUCAUGCCACCAUACAAAACGAUAUCAAAAGGAUUGGAGCCCGCUGCUUUGAGGAUCCUAUAGUUUCCCACAAGCUUACAUAUUCUGUGGUCGAUCCUCCACAUCAUCAGUUUACUUUGCUACGUGCACGCGAUUCAGCAGGCGGUUCCUUGGAAGUGUCACGAUCGUUAAGUAAGGGCAAGAACCGGACAAAAAUGGGAAGAGGUGAACAUUUGCAGCGAAAAAUUCAAGCAGCCAAUGAGUCAGCGGAGGCAUUCCGCGUUGUUUUGCGGAUCACAAUCGCAUUGCUCGUCUUCACAUUGGUUUUCACUCUUCUGAUGUUCCUUCACUAUAAACGAGCGAUUGGCAUAUGGCCAAGUCUCCAUCCCUAUCACAAGGCUGUGCUCACUACGACAGUGGCGGUCACAGCACCACCGCCACCACCACCACCUCCUCCACCUCCGGCAGGUGAUCUAGGCGGCGAUGAAUAUGGGAAUGGUCAUGGAGAUGAAUAUGGAAAUGGGAACGGAGGCGAAGAAUAA